GUGUCUUUGGGAGGAAAUUAAAGGCAAAGCUCUCUGCCUGAUCUCUCUUUCCAGGCGAGCUGAGGAGCUCCGGGUCUACCGGCGGGCUAACGAGCACAGUGAGCAGUGAGGAUGAAGAUUGCAGUGAUCGGUCAGAGUUUGUUCGGCCAGGAGGUUUACAAGGAGCUGAGGAAGGACGGCCACACCAUCGUAGGAGUCUUCACCAUCCCUGACAAGGAUGGCAAGGCUGACCCACUGGCAACUGAGGCGGAGAAGGAUGGCAUUGCUGUGUUUAAGUUCCCCCGCUGGCGUGUGAAGGGCCAGGCCAUUCCAGAGGUGGUGGCUCAGUACGUGGCCACCGGCGCCGAGCUCAAUGUCCUGCCCUUCUGCUCCCAGUUCAUCCCCAUGGAGGUCAUCGACCACCCCAAACACGGCUCCAUCAUCUACCACCCCUCACUGCUGCCUCGCCACAGGGGAGCCUCCGCCAUCAACUGGACUCUGAUCCAUGGGGACAAGAAGGGCGGCUUCACCGUGUUCUGGGCCGAUGACGGGCUGGACACCGGACCGAUCCUGCUGCAGAGAGAGUGUGAUGUCGAACCCAAUGACACCGUCAACACCAUCUACAAGAGGUUUCUCUUCCCAGAGGGAGUCAAAGGCACUGUGGAUGCAGUGAGGUUGAUCGCCCAGGGGACGGCCCCGAGGAUCACCCAGCCGCAGGAGGGGGCCACAUAUGUGCAUCAGAAGAAAGACAAUGCUAAGAUUGACUGGAACCAGUCUGCCGAGGCUCUGCACAACUGGAUCCGAGGAAACGACAAAGUGCCCGGAGCCUGGGCCGAGGUGGACGGACAGAAAGUGACUUUCUACGGCUCCUCUCUGGUGGAUAAUGGCACCUCAGCUAACGGCCAGCCCCUAGAGAUCCCUGCAGCCAGCCGGCCCGGGAUAGUCACCAAGGCUGGCCUGGUGCUGUUUGGCAACGACAACAAAACGCUGCUGGUGAAGAAUCUUCAGUUUGAGGAUGGGAGGAUGAUUGCUGCAGCUCAGUACUUCAGCUCCGGGAGCAGUGCUGCUGUGGAGCUCACAGAGGAAGAGAAAGCCUUCGCUGAGCAGAUGAGGGCAGUGUGGCAGAGUAUUCUGACUAAUGUCAGCCAGAUUGAAGACUCCACUGAUUUCUUCAAGUCUGGUGCUGCUUCCAUGGACGUAGUCAGGCUGGUGGAGGAGGUGAAGCUGCGGGCCAGCAGCUGCCAGCUGCAGAACGAGGACGUGUACAUGAACUGCACGUUCCAGGAUUUCAUCCAGAUGUGCGUCAGGAAGCUGCGAGGGGAGGACGAUGAGGAGGAACUGGUGGUCGACUAUGUGGAGAGGAACACCAACAACAUGACCAUCAAGAUGCCUCAUCAGCUGUUCAUCAAUGGAGAGUUUGUCGAUGCAGAAGGGGGAAAGACCUACAAGACCAUCAACCCCACUGAUGGCAUGGCCAUCUGUGAGGUGUCUCUGGCUCAGGUCAGUGAUGUGGACAGGGCAGUGGCUGCUGCUAAGGAGGCCUUUGAAGAGGGAGAGUGGGGCAAGAUGAACCCCAGAGACAGAGGCCGACUCCUCUACAGGCUGGCUGACCUGAUGGAGGAGCACCAGGAGGAGCUGGCCACCAUCGAAGCUAUCGACUCCGGAGCUGUGUACACUCUGGCCCUGAAGACACACGUGGGCAUGUCUAUCCAGACCUUCCGCUACUUUGCCGGCUGGUGCGAUAAGAUCCAGGGCAGCACCAUUCCCAUCAACCAGGCCAGGCCCAACCGCAACCUCACCUUCACCAAGAAGGAGCCAAUCGGAGUGUGUGCCAUCGUGAUCCCCUGGAACUACCCUCUGAUGAUGCUGGCCUGGAAGACGGCAGCCUGCCUGGCAGCUGGAAACACAGUGGUCCUCAAACCUGCUCAGGUGACUCCACUGACAGCAAUCAAGUUCGCUGAGUUGGCGGCGAGGGCGGGACUUCCCAAAGGAGUGGUUAAUAUUCUGCCUGGAUCAGGUGCUCUGGUGGGUCAGCGUCUGUCCGACCAUCCUGACGUCCGUAAACUGGGCUUCACAGGCUCUACUGAGAUUGGAAAACACAUCAUGAAGAGCUGUGCAGUCAGUAACGUGAAGAAAGUCUCCCUGGAGCUGGGAGGGAAAUCGCCGCUCAUCAUCUUCAGUGACUGUGACAUGGACAAGGCAAUCCGCAUGGGCAUGAGCUCAGUGUUCUUCAACAAGGGAGAGAACUGCAUCGCAGCCGGCAGACUGUUUGUGGAGGACACCAUUCAUGACCAGUUUGUGAAAAAAGUGGUUGAGGAGGUGAAGAAGAUGAAAAUCGGUGAUCCUCUGGACCGCUCCACAGACCACGGCCCUCAGAACCACAAAGCUCAUCUGGACAAACUGGUGGAGUACUGUGAGACUGGCGUCAAGGAGGGGGCCACUCUGGUGUGUGGAGGCAAACAGGUGCAGCGGCCAGGAUUUUUCUUUGAGCCCACAGUGUUCACUGAUGUGCAGGACCACAUGUACAUCGCUAUAGAGGAGUCAUUCGGCCCAGUCAUGAUCAUUUCCAAGUUCAAGGGCGGUGAGGUGGACGAUGUCCUGAGACGGGCCAACGCCACAGAGUACGGCCUGGCGUCUGGUGUUUUCACCCGUGACAUCAGCAAAGCUCUGUACGUCAGCGAGAAGCUCAACGCCGGCACAGUUUUUGUCAACACCUACAACAAGACUGACGUGGCAUCGCCUUUCGGAGGCUUCAAACAGUCUGGCUUCGGCAAAGAUCUUGGACAAGAGGCUCUUAAUGAAUACCUGAAGACAAAGGCAGUGACCAUCGAGUAUUAAAACUCCAGGAAGAACAAGCAGCCGGAGCUGCUGAUGUGUGUGUGGACACUGACAGAGGAGAGAAAUGUGAAGGGGCGAAAGGUCAUCCAAGUGAAAUCAACGUCGACCUGUAGCCAUGUCUCUCAUUAGUGACUACUGACUAUUAAUACUGUAUGUGCCUUAACAUGUGAAACUGUCUAACACAUGAUUAUAGAAUCCUCUCAGUAACACGCCUCUUAGGCACGCUGUAGGUACAAAUGUUGUCCUAAACUAUGCAAAUUAAGAAUGUUUCUAGGCAGCCCAAGUGACCUCUGACACUGUCUCCUAAUCAAUGUGACUGAGUUACGAAAUAGGAAUAUUUUGAACAGAUUACAUUCAUUUCUAAUAUGGCUUACAUUAGGUCAAAAAUGUCUAAGAAAUGUAACAUUUCUAAAAACAAAACAAAAAGAGUUGUGUUCUGUCAUAAGUAAAACCUGCUGAGCACCUCUA